AUGCCGCCGCCGAGGAAAGACCACGCAGAAAGGCGGGUCCAUGAUGUUCUCGAAUGCGCAUCCAAGACUCUUGCCAUUCUCCGGGACAAGACUCCGAUACCAGAAGCUCUCAUGCAUGCCAUCGAGACACAUGUCCAACACACUCUUCCUCUGACUCACACGCCUUUGCUGGUGGAAAAGGCCUCUACAUUCGACUCGCUGGGAACGGAUUUGUGGAAUCAAUCCGCUCAGAUUGUACACGAUGACGACUUUCCGUGCGACCCAAAGACCAUUGCAGGGAAGAAAUUCCACGUAGGUGUGCUCGUGAGAGUCUUUGCAUUGCUCCUGCUGGAUACAGCACAUCGUAGUUCAGCUCAGCGAUCCAAGGAUCCAGACCGAAAGGUGAGAAUAUUCAAAGUGGCGCUUCGCACCAGCCGAUUGUGCUUGAACAGGAACGCACUCGAGCUGUCAAUCAAGGCUUUGGAGAUGUGUGCGCGGAAUGUGGCCAUCUCAUCGGAGCCACAACCACUUCUGCGUAUUGCAGAGCCUGUCAAUGUGAAUGAGACCGAGGAAGAAGUCAAUCUGAAGAUCCUCACUGCUGAGUAUUAUCUCCUACGUUUGAUGCAUGCCUGGAAAUCAAAUCGUCUUGACCUGGCAGAUCAUUUCCUCGCCAAAUACGACACUCUCAAGAUUACGAAUGCCACGGAACUGACAAUCAAGGAGGCCGACCUGUUUGAUGAGAUUGCAAAGUCGUUGGCGAAGGACAAGCAGCUACAAGACGCAACGAAAUGGUCCGAGCGCGCAUUCCUUGCUCUGGGGAAGUGUGAUGAUGAAGCGACCACGCAGGAGGCCGCAGAGCUGAAGCUCUAUAUCRGAGUGUCGCUUGUGGAACAAUUACUCGCCGAUGGGCAACCGUCGUCUCGGAGUCGUGCAUGGAAAGUGGUGAACGCACUCGAGAAAACGCAUGGUCUUCAGAACCGUGUUACCCUUGAGAUUAUCAAGUUUCAGGUCAUGGCAGCCGGCGAUAAUGUUGAUGCAGAUCAGAUCCACCAGGCACUACUCAGGAUGGUAAACAUGACGGUCCUCACUGAGGAAAGUUUCAAGACCAUCAUGAGAACUAUGCGACAAGCUGUGGAAGUCUCCGCACCUCCUACUCUCGCCGCUCUCAAGAUCUUCAUCUGCAAUCGUCUCUUACCUGAACUUCAGAGCAGCCCGACCGAGGAUACUGCCGUGGAGACAUGGCUUGAGAAAGCCACCAUAACCUACAUCCUGCUUGCAACAUCCCCCUCAACAGAUAAAGCGGUGAGAAUUGACAUUCCAGCAGUCUCGCAGCUGCUUGAUGAGAUCAGCAACAUGAAUGAGAUACAAUUCUCUGCAAAAGCGACACAUGCAGCCCAGACUUUACUCUGGAAGGCUGCUGGAAAUUUUGGAACUUGGAAACUGAUGCGUCAUGCCCUCGAUAAUGAGGACUUACCAGCUGCCCGUGAAGCAUUCUUCCAAAUGUCCAAAGAUGUUCGAGAGGAAAGUCUCACUCAAUUCCUCGCCUUUCGUCUCGCUUUGAAGUCUCAAGAUGAGGAUCUCGCGGCAGAGUGUCUUCGGAAUGUAGCCAGACAUGCCUUUAAAGAUCCCACCCAUCUCUACGCAUGCGUGAUUGAAGCGCAGAAAUCACCAAUGCGGCAUGUGGCGGUCAUGGCACUACAGGCUGUUCUUGGGCAAAGACCUCCUGGCAUUUACCUAGCGUGUCUCCUUCGCUGUACCGUCCGCCUUCUCAUUGCAGAGCUCGACACUGCAGCGAACGAGGAAGCGCGGAAUCAAGUGGCACAUGAAGUUCUACAAAUCUUCGAGACCGCCUCCAAAUCCGUGGAAGUCUUCCGAGAAGCCUCCAUCGACAACUGGCGCACAGAAGUCCAAUGGUGGAGUAAGAACGCAUACAAUCUGAGCAUUCGACUCUGUGGAGCCAUCGAUCCGGAAUAUACUGUCCGCUUUCUAUCCGCAUGCAGUACUCUCCUGGACUACCACCAMCCCAAAGACGGCACGGUACAACAACAAACCGAGCUUGAAAAUCGAAAACUACUCUGUGCAUUCCUCAGCACCACAGCUCUGAUUGUCCUCGGCCGUUCUUCUCCCAAGGAAGACGCUGCUCUGCAAUACUACCUCUCCGCCCAGACCCAAAUCCAGACUUUCCAAACCCUCUACGCAUCCCUCCGUCCCAAACUCCACGACCCAGCAGCAGCGACCUCGGCAUCGAACCGGCACUUUGCAAUCCUGAAAUUCCACCUCGAAUGUCUGCUCAAACUCUCCCAAUUCCAAGAUCUCGCUCCCGUUCUUCAAGCUUGUCUGGAUGCUUCCCCUUCGGGAGGAACAGAGGAAGAUGCAGCAGGGAAAUGGAAUACCCUCGCCGACCUCCUCAUCCUCCUCCAUCAAAACCUCAAAGAUCCCUCCUCUCCUUCCUCGGGAUUGAUCACGUCUCUGCUUCAGAAAGCUAUCAAUGCCACUUAUCAAUCUCGCUCGAAGAAUUCUUCUUCUUCUUCUUUGCAACAAGUCGCGCGAUGGAUUCGAUAUACUUUCACCCUCUGUCGUUCUUCCCCGCAACGCAGUGAUGGUGAUGAUAAGACUUCUUCCCAACCAUCUUCAUCGGACUUUUCGUUGAAUCUCCUCCAGCAAGCCGCGCAGAUUGCUCAAAAGGGCUAUGAUGAUGUUUCGGGAGAAAAGUAUCCCGAAGCGGAAUUGCAGUGGUUGGCGAUUAUGGGGUUUAAUCAUGCCGUCGAUCUUUUUGCUUUGAUGAAAGGUUGUGGUGGUGGAGGAGGAGAGGAACAGGAAGAAGAAGCGGAGAAAUGGAUCCAAGCAGCAUUGGAAUUGGCGAGGUGGAGUUGUGAUGAGGGGGGUUUACAUUCUGUUUUGACUGGCAAGAGGCAAGUUUUGAGGGAGAGGCGGAAGGGGAGGAUGGAGAGGAAGAUGUAG